AGACGGAUCCGUCUCCUUCAGUCCCACCUAUUAAAGCCCCUCUGGAGAAAGCCCCGAAUCUGCCCCGGACCAGCCUCGUCUCGAACACCAAAUAAGCGACUCCUGACUGCGAGCGGCUCGGAAACUCGAUAGGAGGCAGCAUCUGAUCUAACAACUAAAAAUAAUCCCAGCCCAGCCUGCUGCACGUCCCCUGCCUGUGAGCAAGCGAGCGAGCGGGGAAAGCAAUAAGGCACUGGCUUCAGCGGGACUGCCUGGGCUACAACAAGAGAGAUGAGCCUCUCGUUCUGCGGGAGCAACACCAACUUCUCCUACAACAUCGACAAUGGAGUCCUGAACAACAUCUGCUUCCUGGACGCCCUCAAUCUGGUUCCGCACGUCUUCCUCCUCUUCAUCACCUUUCCCAUAUUAUUUAUAGGAUGGGGCAGCCAGAGCUCUAAAGUCCAGAUUCAUCACAAUACCUGGCUGCACUUCCCCGGACACAACCUGCGAUGGAUCCUAACCUUCGCCCUUCUGUUUGUUCACGUCUGCGAGAUCGCAGAAGGCAUCGUUUCCGACACGAAGAUGGAAUCCCGCCACCUGCACCUCUUCAUGCCGGCGAUUGUGGGGUUUAUCGCUGCUACCACAUCAAUCAUCUACUACCAUAACAUCGAAACGUCCAACUUCCCCAAACUGCUGCUGGCUCUUUUCGUUUAUUGGGUGAUGACGUUUGUCUCCAAAACCAUCAAGCUUGUGAAGUACUGGGAAAACGGGAUCUGGCUGAACCAGCUGCGUUUCUGCAUCACGGGGACGAUGGUCAUACUGUACGGCCUGCUGAUGGCGGUGGAGGUCAACGUGAUCCGCGUCAGGAAAUACGUGUUUUGCGUGAGUCCCCAAAAGGUGAAACCGGCAGAGGAUCUGCAAGACCUGGGCGUGAGAUUCCUGCAGCCGUUUGUGAAUCUGCUGUCGAAGGCCACCUAUUGGUGGAUGAACGCGCUCAUCAUCUCGGCGCACCGGAGACCCAUCGACCUGAAAAUCAUCGGCAAGCUACCGAUAGCCAUGAGAGCGCUCACCAACUACGUCAGCCUGAAAACCGCGUACGAGGAGCAGAGGAAAAAGGUGGCUGACCGGCCCCACAAGAACCCGUCUAUCUGGCGGGCCAUAUACAAAGCAUUCGGACGACCCAUAUUGCUGAGCAGCACUUUCCGGUACUUGGCCGACCUGUUGGGAUUCGCGGGUCCUCUCUGCAUUUCGGGAAUAGUUCAGCGUCUUGGGCCGACUAAUGAGACAAAGCAAGAGCAGGAGUUGCCGGAGACUACUUUUGUCAGCGUGUACUUCCUUUCAUCCAAAGAGUUUCUGGAGAAUUAUUACGUUCUGGCCGUCCUCCUGUUCUUGGCUCUCAUCCUCCAACGAACCUUCCUUCAAGCGUCCUAUUACGUUGCCAUAGAGACCGGCAUCAACCUGCGGGGGGCAUUAAUGGCGAUGAUCUAUAACAAGAUCUUAAGGCUUUCCACGUCGAACAUGUCCAUGGGGGAGAUGACUUUGGGGCAGAUCAAUAACCUGGUGGCCAUCGAGACCAACCAGCUGAUGUGGUUCCUGUUCCUGUGUCCCAAUCUGUGGGCCAUGCCUGUGCAGAUCAUUAUGGGUGUCAUCCUCCUGUACAAGCUGCUGGAUGUGAGCGCGCUGGUGGGCGCAGCGGUCAUCGUGCUCCUGGCCCCCAUACAGUACUUCAUCGCCACUAAACUGGCCGACGUCCAGAAGAGCACGCUGGAUUAUUCUACCGAGCGCCUGAAGAAAACCAACGAGAUUCUGAAGGGGAUUAAGCUGCUGAAGCUUUACGCCUGGGAGAACAUCUUCUGCGCGAGCGUCGAGGAGACGCGGCUCAAGGAGCUCAAAAGCCUGAAAGCGUUUGCACUUCACACCUCUCUGUCCAUUUUUAUGAAUGCAGCGAUCCCCAUCGCGGCCGUUCUCGCGACAUUUGUAACUCAUGAGUAUGUGAGUGACACUCAGCUGACGCCAGCCAACGCGUUCGCAUCGCUGUCUCUAUUCCACAUCCUCGUCACGCCGCUCUUCCUCCUCUCCACCGUGGUCCGGUUCGCAGUAAAAGCGCUCGUCAGUGUCCAAAAAUUAAACGAAUUCUUUAUAAGCGACGAGAUUCGGGACGACGGCUCUAGAAACGGAGACUCUUGCAUUCCUUUAGACGCCUGCCGGAAACACCCCGGUAUAAACUCGCGGGCUAUUAACAGAAAGCAUCCGCUGAGAUACCAGCUGGACCGGUACGAGCAGACAUCACGGAGACAAACUCGCUCGACUGAGACUGAAGAAGCUGCGAUCAAGGUUUACAAUGGAUAUUUCUCCUGGGGAAGCGGUCUGGCUACAUUAUCCAACAUUGAUAUCCAGAUACCUACAGGUCAUCUCACCAUGAUUGUCGGGCAGGUCGGAUGCGGGAAGUCCUCCCUUCUGCUUGCGAUCCUCGGCGAGAUGCAGCCGCUGGAAGGAAGGGUCUGCUGGAACAGGCCUCCUGACGGUGAAAUGAAUUCAGACAGACAUUCCAGCAAAGUCAGGCAUUCGGUGGCGUACGCCGGGCAGAAGCCGUGGCUGCUGAACGCUACCGUGGAGGAAAACAUCACGUUUGGAAGCCCCUUCAACAAGCAGAGGUACAAAGCCGUUAUCGACGCCUGCUCGCUGCAGCCGGAUAUCGAUUUAUUACCUUUUGGAGAUCAAACUGAAAUUGGAGAGAGGGGCAUUAAUUUAAGCGGCGGCCAGCGGCAGAGGAUUUGCGUGGCGAGAGCUCUCUAUCAAAACACCAACAUCGUCUUCCUGGACGACCCGUUCUCAGCCCUCGACAUACAUCUGAGCGACCACCUGAUGCAAGAAGGAAUCCUGAAGUUUCUUCGAGAGGAUAAGAGGACGGUGGUCUUGGUGACACAUAAGUUACAGUAUCUUCCGCACGCCGACUGGAUUAUCGCCAUGAAAGACGGCUCCGUCCUGAGAGAGGGAACGUUAAAGGACAUUCAGAACAACGACAACGAGCUGUACGAGCACUGGAAGACGCUGAUGAACCGGCAGGACCAGGAGCUCGAGAAGGACACCGAUGCUGACCAGGCCGCCAUGGAGCGGAAGACUCUGCGGAGAGCGAUGUACUCCAGAGAAGCCAAAGCCCAGAUCGAGGAUGAGGAGGAAGAGGAGGAGGAGGAGGAGGAUGAGGAGGAUAACAUGUCCACCGUGAUGAGGCUGAGGACCAAGAUGCCGUGGAGAACGUGCUGGAAAUACCUGACGUCGGGUGGAUACCUCCUGCUUUUUCUGAUGGUCGUGUCCAAGCUUUUGAAGCACUCGGUUAUCGUAGCCAUCGACUACUGGCUGGUUCACUGGACCUCGUCUAAUAGCACCAGCGAUGGGACGGAUCGCUCGUACUACGUUGUGAGAUUCAGCAUCCUCAGUGCUCUGGGGAUCGUUCUGUGUCUGGUCACCUCGUUAUCGGUCGAGUGGUUGGGUCUCACAGCCGCCAAGAACCUCCAUGACAACCUCUUGAAGAAGAUCAUCCUGGCACCGAUCCGAUUUUUUGAUACGACGCCGCUUGGUCUAAUCUUAAAUCGCUUUUCUGCCGACACCAACAUCAUUGACCAGCACAUCCCUCCGACCCUGGAGUCCCUGACCAGGUCCACCCUGCUGUGUCUGUGCGCCAUCGGCCUGAUCUCCUGCGCCACGCCGCUCUUCCUGAUCGCGCUGGUGCCGCUCGGGGUGGCGUUUUACUUCAUCCAGAAAUACUUUAGAGUCGCCUCCAAAGAUCUCCAGGAAUUGGAUGAUAAUACCCAGCUCCCGUUACUGUGUCACUUCUCCGAGACCGCCGAGGGACUCACAACGAUCCGCGCAUUCAAACACGAAGCCCGGUUCAAGCAGAGGAUGCUGGAGCUGACGGACACCAAUAACCUGGCGUAUUUAUUCCUGUCGGCGGCAAACCGGUGGCUCGAGGUCAGGACGGAUUAUUUAGGCGCCUGCAUCGUUCUUACGGCUGCAGUGACCUCCAUUAUAUACGGCCUGAACUCUGGGAUCGUAGGCCUGGGCCUCACCUACGCGCUGACGGUAACCAAUUACCUGAACUGGGUGGUGAGAAACCUGGCCGACCUGGAGGUUCAGAUCGGAGCCGUGAAGAAGGUGAACGGAUUUCUGAACAUAGACUCGGAGAGUUACGAGGGGACUAUAGACGCUCAGCAGGUGCCGGAGGAUUGGCCGAGUCAGGGAGAGAUAAAGAUCAGUGAUCUGUGCGUGAGAUACGACAAUAACCUCAAACCGGUCCUUAAACACGUGAAAGCGUACAUUAAACCGGGACAGAAGGUCGGCAUCUGCGGAAGGACCGGAAGUGGGAAAUCUUCCCUCUCUCUCGCUUUUUUCCGGAUGGUGGAUAUAUUUGACGGGAAGAUCGUUAUUGAUGGGAUCGACAUCUCCAAGCUUCCCCUGCACACGUUACGCUCCAGACUGUCCAUCAUCCUCCAGGACCCUGUACUGUUCAGCGGCUCCAUCCGGUUAAACCUGGACCCGGAAUGUAAAUGCACCGACGACAGGCUCUGGGAGGCGCUGGAAAUCGCGCAGCUCAAGAACCUGGUGAAGGCUCUGCCGGGAGGGCUGGACGCGAUGGUCACGGAGGGAGGGGAGAAUUUCAGCGUCGGACAGAGGCAGCUCUUCUGCUUGGCCAGAGCCUUCGUACGGAAGAGCAGCAUCCUGAUCAUGGACGAGGCCACGGCUUCCAUAGACAUGGCCACGGAAAACAUUUUGCAGAAGGUGGUGAUGACGGCGUUUGCUGACCGGACGGUGGUGACCAUUGCACAUCGGGUCCACACGAUUCUCACGGCCGACCUGGUGAUCGUCAUGAGACGGGGAAACAUCCUCGAGUACGACACUCCGGAGCGUCUCCUCGCGCAGGAGGACAGCAUCUUCGCCUCGUUUGUACGAGCCGACAUGUGACCGCCCGUCCCGCGGCCCCCCGUCACUCGUCCAGCGGCCCCCCGUCACCCGUUUUUAUAGCUUUUUAUAAAUAAAGGAAACCUUUCUAUUUUCUAUUUAAGAGCUUUUUGGGUGAGAAAUGUCGGGUUUUACUAUAUUUUUAUGUCACAUAGAAAUAAAAUUUUCUGCACUGAUUUUGAAAGAA